UACUCAGAUGUAUAAGAAAACAAUUAUCAAUGCCAUCCCCAAUCGUCCCUACCCAAACCCGAAUCGGAACCCCAUUCGCUUUCUCCGCCUUCUCCGUCGUCUCCGCCGUCUCCGCUACCGCCGGCCACACAUUCUCGCCGCCGGUCUCCUCCACAGCCUCACGCUUCCACUGCGCUUCUCUCUUUCUCCAGUAAUGUCAGCUAUCAAGCACCCCUUUCAACUCACCUCCUCUUCUUCUCGUCUCUGCUCUCUCCGGGCCUCUCUCCUUACUCUCGCCGUUCUCACCUUCCUCUCCCUCACUUAUCUCUCAUUCACUUCCCUUCACUCGUCCGCUUCCUCCUCUCCCUCUCAGCUGCCCGUUAAGUUGGGAGGCAUUGAGGAUGCUGCAGAUGAUGAGAUCUCGGAUGUGUAUCACUCUCCUGAGGUUUUUCGGUUGAAUUACGCGGAGAUGGAGAGGAAAUUCAAGGUUUAUAUAUACCCAGAUGGCGAUCCCAAUACUUUUUACCAGACUCCCAGGAAGCUCACUGGCAAGUAUGCAAGUGAGGGUUACUUCUUUCAGAAUAUUAGAGAGAGUCGCUUCCGCACUGAAGAUCCGGAUCAGGCACACCUCUUUUUCAUUCCGAUCUCAUGCCAUAAGAUGCGAGGCAAGGGCACAUCCUACGAGAAUAUGACGAUAAUUGUCCAAAAUUAUGUCGAAAGCUUGAUGUCCAAGUAUCCUUACUGGAACAGAACCUUGGGUGCGGAUCACUUUUUUGUCACUUGUCAUGAUGUUGGUGUGAGAGCUUCUGAAGGAUUGCCUUUUCUUAUAAAGAACGCAAUUCGAGUUGUUUGCUCUCCUAGCUAUGACGUUGGAUUCAUUCCCCACAAGGACGUUGCUCUUCCUCAAGUCUUGCAGCCAUUUGCUCUUCCAGCUGGAGGAAAUGAUACAGAAAAUAGGACAACCCUUGGAUUUUGGGCAGGCCAUCGGAACUCUAAAAUUAGAGUCAUACUAGCACGUGUGUGGGAGAAUGAUACAGAACUAGACAUUUCAAAUAACAGAAUAAAUAGAGCUACUGGACAUCUAGUGUACCAGAAAAGAUUUUAUAGGACAAAAUUCUGCAUAUGCCCGGGAGGUUCGCAAGUCAACAGUGCUCGAAUAGCCGACUCAAUCCAUUAUGGAUGUGUACCAGUGAUAUUGUCAGAUUAUUAUGAUCUUCCAUUCAACGACAUUAUUGAUUGGAAAAAAUUUUCGGUGAUCGUUAAGGAACGCGAUGUAUAUCAAUUGAAACAAAUUCUCAAGGACAUAUCUGAUAUGGAGUUCAUUAAACUCCACAAAAAUCUAGUGCAGGUUCAAAAGCAUUUCCAAUGGAAUUCACCUCCGAUCAAAUAUGACGCAUUCCAUAUGGUGAUGUACGACUUAUGGUUACGACAUCAUGUCAUCAAAUAUUAAUAUGUCUGUAACCAAAGUUUAGCAGAUAGAUUAAAAUUCAUUACAUGCUUAUAAAAAGUACAUUCUUUUGUUUAAUUUUUUUUUUUUUUUUUUUUUUUUUUUUUUUUUUUUUUUUUUUUUUNUUUGAAAAGAAAAACUUUGCAUGUGUAACUGUUGCAUUGCACAAAUAUUAGUCAACUUAGUUAUUUGUAUUUGUGUGUCUUGUUGUUCAAGAUAAGGCUCCCCUAAUUCAUGUUGGAGUGGCCCAUUUCUUUUCACACAACGUAACGCUUCAACUCUGAAUUUUUGUUUGCUUAUGAAGAUAUUUUUUUUGCCU